GCCAGACGGCGUUGCGGAAGAAGGCUUGUCUGAAAAAUUUGGCGAAAAAUGAUAGGAUUCACGAAAUCUCGUCGGUAACUUUUCAACUAUGCCUAACACAUUGAUCCUUGUUCUUUUGUCUGCAGUGUUUUGUGUGGCAGCAGUAUCUCGAAAUGAAGCUGGAGUGUUGCAGCUUUUGCCCGGUGCCAAGAUAAGAGUGGUGGAAGGAACAAAGCUCGUUGUAAAUUGUACUUCUCACUCAGAUGAGACGCCAAAGGAAAUGCAGUGGAAUGCAUCUCGUGUGAACAAACACAUGACUAGCGAGAAGCUGGAUAAUCGAACUGUAGCCCUGGUCAUUGACAAUCUACAUAGAUCAGAUGCAGGAUUCUAUACAUGCUACUUGUUUCUCCCAAAAGGGAGAAAAUUUGAGAAGACCGUCCAUGUGUCAGUUGCAGCUAGUCACUCAACAGGAAAUAUGCGCCCAUGUGCUUCAACAGAGUUCCGCUGCAAAAAUGGUUUAUGUAUAUUUCUCCAGUUUCACUGUGACAACAUAAAUGACUGUGGGGACAAUUCAGAUGAAGAGGACUGUGGGGAUGCUAAAUGUGACCAAAAGUUCAAGUGUCGCAAUAAGAGAUGUAUUAGUCAUGAUCGAGUGUGUGAUGAGUUCCAUUCUGAUGAUUGUGGAGAUAUGACAGAUGAGAUGUGUCGUCUAACAGAGGUAGCACUGGAAGAUUUCUUACCGUCACACUCAGUAGCCACAAGUCAUCCGAGACAGACUAGUGUUGAUGAUCAGAUGAGAUGGCUGAAGACUACAGUCUACAGUGUUAUAGGAUGCACUGUUGGAGUGGUGCUCUUCAUCGCUAUCUUGGUAAUUGCCAUUUUCAGAAUUAAGAUGAAAAGAGCUGCUGCUCGCAGGCAGAUGUUUUUUAUAGAACGGCGGCGACGAGAAGUUUUUGGUGGUCAUCCUAGUUAUGGGCGAUAUCCUGAAAUGGACCCAUUCCUGUCGUCCCGUCGUGUUUUGUCUUCACACAGCAACAUCAUACUGAAUGUGAACAAUGGGGUGCAAUAUGUGCCUGGCCUGGGCUUCACCUCUCUCAUGGAAGCCCCACCCCCGUACUCUGACAGUGUUACAGAGGCAUCUCCAGCCAGAGGGGACUCCCCACCUCCCCCAUACAGCACAAUAGACCGACGGACCUCCAGCCAAAACCGUGCAGGAGAGGGAUCAAGGGAAGAUAACUCUGAUGCAACUGACUCUUCUCAAGUAGAGACUGACCAGGGUGUAUCCCAGAGUCAGUCCAGGUGUCGAGCGUUAGAGUUGAGCAGUCGUAGUGAAAGGGCUAGAGAAGUGCCAUCACCAAAUAGUUUGACUGCUACUGGGCGAGGGACAUACAGUGAAAGACCUGAAGGCUGUGCUGCUGGUGUUGAUCCGUCCUUGUCUCAAACGCCUGCCACACACCAUCAGACAGAAGGGCUAACAACCCCAAAAAUGUCACCACACUCUUAACUGAGUUGUUAUUGAGUUCAUACAUUGUGAGGAUCUGUAUAAUCCAUAGUUUACCCUUCUUGGUGUUAAUUUGUGAUAUUUGUUAAAUUUUCUGGUUAUAUUAUUUACCACUUAAUGUGCUGCUCUUUGAACUGAGUAAGGGGAAGCUCAGGCUUGUUGGAAGUGAAAUGGAAGAGUUACUGCCCUUGCUCGAGGCUGUCUGUCAACACAUCAUUGUACAAGCCUGUUAAGGGAUGUUAAGGUGUUCUGUUAGUUUCCUGUUCAAGGUUGAGUUUUUACUGAUCUUCCCUUCACAGUUUGUCAUCAGUUGUAUUGUUCUAACAAAUAUUUACUAUUGAAUUAAUAUGACAUUUCUUUACUGACAAUAAGUAUUAUGUAGCAUAGCAUCUCUUAGAGGUAUUGUUCAUUCAUUGACAUCAAGCACAGCAUUAUAAAAGUCAUCUUGUUUAUAGCAUCCAGGUGUAUGCCAUUUUGUUUUUUUAAAUUCUUUUCAGUGUAUGGCCCUUGGGUAAAAAUACGUGUAACAGUAGAACUAUCCCCAUAGCCCUGGUCCUGCUGAUCUGAGUUAUUUUUGAGUUUUACUUUAAAAAUAUCAAAGUGAAGCUUUGUAAUAUAGCAUUAUUAUAUCUUCACCAACUUAUGAUUUGGAGAAAAUUAACAUUUUUUGUGGAUUUAAGCACAUUCUUUGUCUUUGUGGACACUGGUAAAAUAAGGUAUUCUGAUACAGACAUUAAAGGUAAUACUUUCAUAUAACAGGUAAAAUUUUCAGUGAAAUGAAUGAAUGAAUGAAUGAAUGUCUUAUUGCCCCAUUGGCAAGUUUGCAGUGGAAGUUUUAUCCUGAAGGUACAUAUCUUGUUAGCUAUUGGAUUUCAACAGAUUACAGUAGUAGUCAGAUGAAGUUUAAAGAAUAUUUUCACACGUUUUUCUAAUUUCUGAAAUAUUAUGAGUACAUGUACAUGUGUCAUGGAAGUAAGGAGAAACUUAAUUUUAGAGUUGCAAUGAUGGAUUAUAUACAUAUAGAAUGAGUGAUACAUUGAUUCAUCAUAUUGUUUACUUAAACUGAAUCAUGCUGACCAAAUUAUUUUUACUAGUUGAUCACAUUUGUUACUAGAUCAAACAAAUCUAAGAUCAGUAAUGCACUGUUUUCUGAAUUACUGUCUCUGUCAAGGUUUUGUAUAUGUUCUAUUGUCCACCAUAAACGGACUGGUGUGUGAGCGUAUAAAUGAAUACAUGUACGUGCAAGUGGCAUUUUCAGUUUGAUAAUGUUUUAUUUACAUACCAGCACAUCAGUAUGAAUCUAGUAGUGUGUAUUUUCCCAGGAUCAGCAUUUAAAUCAACAGCACAUUCAUUUGGGCAGUUAUGGCUGUAUACACACCAACACACACCACAAAGCCGUGUGUUUGAAAAGAGGAGUGGAUUUAUAUAUGGCUUGACAAGUUAGCAAAGUUUCAAGAUGCAUCCGUGUCGUCCAUUUCAGUUCCUCAACUUUGGUUAAACACCACUACAGACGAUCCUAACCUAACGUGUGGUAAGAUUGAUACCUUUUGUAUUCACGUGGAUGUCAUUUACCCUGUACUCACAUACAUAUCUAACUGACUAAAGGAUGACAGAGUAAAUUUCAAUCUAUAGGACAGGUAGUAAUUAUCUUAUUUGUAAUGGGAGGUCUACAUAAUAUAUUUUAGGAAAGUAAUCAUUGUGGUUUUAGCUGAAGAACCAGUCAGUGAUUCAGAAAUGUCUGUCUGAAAUAAUGCCAUUCAUUUAUGAUAUGAAUUUAUAGUGUUUGUCCAUAGUGUUAAUAUGACAACAUUGACAACAUCGUACUUCUGAAUCUGUGUUUGGAUAUGUAGCUCUCGACUGUAAAUUUAUAGUCUAAAGCCUAUGACUAGGAUGUGAUGUAUAGUAUGUAAGACACGUGUGUACCCUUGACUGUAUGGUCAUGUAUAUCAAUCAAAACGCCUGCAUUCAUAUUGAUGUGCUAUAAGCAAAUUAAAGGUGCUAAUU